AUAGGUUAUGUUUCAUUGACAUAUACGAAGUUAAAUAUAAACGAAUCUUAUUACUAAUUUCUAUUUGAAUAUAGGAAAAUGAAAAGUAGUAAAUUCAAUGGAACCUCCUUUGAAACCAAAUGAAUCAGAUUGUUGUAAUUCAGGUUGUAACCCUUGCAUAUUAGACGUUUACGAAGAACAACUUAAAAAAUAUAAUAGAAAGCAAAGUUUACAAGAAUUGUAUCGAAACUGCUUAAUACCAACAGCUUAUACAGUGUUUAAAGUCAUUAACAUCGAAAAGAGAUAUAAAGAUGCUUUACUGAUUACGUUAGAAUAUGUAAAAGCUAUGAACAAUAAUGUAGGAAAAAGUAGUGAAUUAGACAUCAUUUAUAAACCAGGACAGUUUAUCAUGCUUAAAGCUGGAAGAGAAAAUGAAGAAUUCCAAAGACCUUAUACACCUAUACCAAUAAAUAAACAAAAAAAAUUGAGUUUUACUGUGUUAAUAAAACUAUACGAAGUUGGAAUGAUGUGCAGGUAUAUUAGAAAUUUAAAAUUAGGAUCAGAAACGUUAUGGAGAGGUCCAUAUGGAGAUUUUACAAUAAAUUAUGCUUUCAAAAAUAUUUUGUUUAUAGCGCAAGGUAUAGGAAUCGCUCCGUUUUAUAGUAUAAUCGGUGACAUAGUAAAUAAUGAAAACUGUUACACUUUUUUAAAAUUAUAUUUUUGUUGCAAAAACGUCGAUACCAUAUAUCUGAGGGAGGAAUUGUACAAGUUACAAACAUACUGGAAUUUUAAUUACGAAAUUUUCCUCAGUGAUUCUGAAAAUAACUCACCCAAAUAUAACGAGAUAAUUCACAAUACAAAAUUGGAUUAUAAUAUCGUUAAAAACUACAUCAGUGAUAAAAUCGAAGGUAUCCAAAUUCUUAUAUGUGGUAAUGAACAUUUUAUAACGCAUUUUAAAAACAUCUCAUUGCAGUGUGGAAUUAUAGAGAGAAAUAUAAUUGGUUUUUAGUCCAGUUUCCUACUAUAAAAUUUGAAUUUCUGGAACCAUUCUUGGUAUUCACUAAGUUAUCAUCUACAAAGGUAAAUUUUGAUCUUUGAAGAUGAUAACUGAUGAUGAUAAUAUUCAUUAUACAGUAUAAUUAUGUCUUCAGUUCUGCCAUCAAAUCUCUUUCUGACUUAGUUUUUGAUAUUUUUUCCAUCCAUGAUGUUCUUGGUCUGCUUUUAUGAACCUCCGAAGGAUACCUAACCAACAUUUUAUUCUUCAGAUAUCUAUUGCCAAUACUAAAUAAAUUGUGCUAUAAUUGUUGUUUCUGUACCGUCUUUUCCUUAUUUGUUUGUAAUUCUUUGCAAUACUAGCAAAUUUCAAUGUUGUUAUAUCCCCAAAUUUUUAAACUCAAGUCAUUUUAAAAAAUGUUUCAAACUUUCUUAAACAUAGAAAAAUUAAAAACUCUAUGAAUUAAGCAAAAAAGAAGAAAUAGUUUUAUGAGAAAAAGGUAUAAGAAUACCCCUUAAAAAUCGGAUAAUUAGGAGAUGAAAGAAAAGUAAGGGAACAAGAAUUUUAGAUGAAAUAAACAAGGAACAGUUAAAUUAGUAGCAAUGAAAAACCUUAUUAAAAACUGAAGUGUGGUACUGAGAAAGAAGUGCAUAUAACAAAGGAGGGAGUUGGGGUGAAUAGAAGCAACAAUAGAAAGAAAUUCAGGAAGAUGACAAGAUACAGUGUAAGAAAUAAAUACAUGAUAGAUUCUUAUAACACCUGAGAAAAUAAAAGAGAAGUUUGGAGCGUUAAU